UAGGAGAUCAACAAGAAGUUAUGAGCAGAAGCAACACUUAGAUGUGGACUUUUUGCUCAUAUCAAGUAAAACUCAUUCUGGUGUAUUUCCUUGCUCACAAUGUGGAAAAUCAUACCGAGUAAAACAUUCACUGACUCGUCACUUGAGUUGUUGCAGCUGCAAAGGAUGCAACUGCUCUUGCUAAUGUGCUUCAGAAGAUGACAACCAAAAACCAACUUAUGCAGCAGUUGUGUCGCAGUGUUCCUCUUGAUCCUAUGGAACUGUCUCUGACUGAUUUGGGUCUCAUCAAUCCUGAUGAACUUCCUUUAGACUUACCUUGCCUACCACUGAAAUCAAUGGCUCAUGUUGAUGCUUUUGAAAACCUGUUAUUGAAUAUAGCCUACUUCAAACAAAUUGUUUUAUUUCUUGGUGCUCUUGGAGGUACUGACACGUUUGAUACAACUCGCCGUGUCAUGUCCAAACUGAUGACUAAUCGAUUAGCAGUUUCAUUUAACUGGGCGGGACGUCCACCAAAGAGAGCCUUUAGGCAGAUGCUCUGCAAAAACUUAGUCAUAAAUGCUGUUCGUCAAAAUCCAAUGUUGCCUCAACCUGUAUUAGAGUGCGAAAUUGAGCAGCAUAUUAAGAAAUGGCUCCGGUAUGCAUCAGGCAGGAACCAAGAUAUAUAAAUUCAUAAGAGGUGACAUCUCAAGUUUCCAAAUUUACAUAUAUUUUUCUUAAACUUUUUGAAAAAUGGGCAACAAGCUAUUUU